AUGUUGCAGCGGUGCUGGCUGCCACGCUGUCCUGUGCAGUACACCGCUCUUUCUGCUGCUGCUGGGCAGCUGAAUGGGUUAUUGGACCUUCGAGCAACAAAGCAACCCGUCCCAAGUGACGUUCUUAAGCAGUUUUUGCGAACAGACGUCAUGCCGCUGCUGCGUGGGACCACUGUAGAUCGACGCCAUGACAGCUCCGAACUGCGUCGCCUUAUGAGUCAGCUGCUCCGUGACUCUGCCUUUGCCGCCGUUGUGCUGCGUGCCCGUCCUGAUGGCACCUACGUCAACGCCCUUGCGGAGUGCGUUAAGCACGACCACGAGCGCAUGCAGUUCCUUCAAAAGAUGACCUCCAAUCAGGCUAGUCGGGUGAUUGAGCACCUCUGCCGCGUUGGGGUGCGAGACUCCACCGUAUAUGCCCCGCUAGCGGCUCGCCUAGACUUUCAUCUCCUUAAACCAGUGGGGAGGGCCAUGUUUGCCUUGGCGGAGGAGGGAAUGUACCAGGAGGUGGUCGCAUACAUCGUGCCUCUGUACUGCGGAGAGACAUGGACGCUAACCUUCGACGGUGGGGUGGGGUACAUAAACCAGUUGAACAAAAACUGUAAUGUCUUUGAUGCUGUGCGUCUCCUGCGUGUGCUCUCCAAGGCGGUUCGAGGUGUGGUAGAGCAGCAGCGGUUGGAUGCGGCAAAGGGGGCGGUUUACCCGCUUCCAGUAGAAAGCAUUCAGAAGCUGAGAACAAAUCUAACGGCGUUUAUUAUUGAUAACAGUGAGGUUCUUCGUGGAGGGCACUGGAUUAACUUUACGCGCGCCAUGGUGCAUUUCCCACUGGAGUUCAAGACAAUGAAGUACCUAGAGCGGCAUCCCUCCGUGGUGCGGGUUCUGGAUGCGCAGCGUCUGCCCCGCCGCGAUGCCCGCCGCGGUCUUUCUGACACCGUUGACACCGAUGACAUGGCGGCACUUGGGUUAAAUUGUGUCUUUGCCCCUGUUGAACAACCGCAGCAACAUCCACAACAGCACAUGGCGGGUGGGGAUGAAACGAGGAAAAAGCCUUGCUUUGACGUCCCCUCUAUUGAUCUCACCAAGCUCCUUUCCAUCAUUGAGGAUGUGCCAAUUCCUAGGGCCCUUCAACAGCGCCGUCGUCAACUUGUUAUCCGGGCAAUUGUGGAUGACAUGAAUAAGCUCCAUUUUACCGAUCUUGUGCGGUUUAUUCAUGCACUUCGUCGAGUGGAGGGUUCCACCGAAUUUUCGUCGUCGUUGAAUGCUGCAGUUGCAGCCGUUAGUCAAGUUCUGGAGCAGGGUCAAAAAAACGCCGCAGUAUACAUUCCGUAUGAUCGUCUUUUGAGCCUGGCUAACCUGCUUACGGCGUUCCGUGUAAAGAGUUGUAAGGGUUUUGUGAAUUACCUUCUUUGCUUCCUCCCCACAGUGAACUUCAUGACCGUGGGGGAGGCUACCUCGUUGAUGAACGCGCUGGUCACCGUUGCAGAAGUGGACGGCGUGCAAUUGUGUUCUUGCGUUGGGGGACAAAUCUUGGAUAAGGUGGGGCUCAGCCUUGAGGACGAUCUCCCCGCCUUGGUGUUAGCGUACCCAUUGCCGUGUGCGAAGCUACUACGUACCACGGUGAUGUUAAGUGUGGCACCAUCCUCUAGUGCCUUGCGACGCAUAUUUGGCAGCACGGAAGAGGCGUUGAAAGUGUCGCCUGCACUUCGAGAGGUGGGUGCCUCCGUCCUGUUUGACGUGGCCCGAUCCUUGUACCAUUUUUCGCGACUGAAGCCAGCCGACACCGACUGGACGGAAACCGUGUGGUGUAGAGGCAUUGUGGGUGCUCUGAUGCCCUUAUUGACGCAAUUCACCUCUGAAUUUUAUCAGGAGGUCCUUGCCGGCGAGGCUGGUGGACGAUGGUCCACCUCCUACGUUCCCCUCGCGUGGCGCAGCGCAGCGGAGACUGUGUUUUCGUGGGUGGAUGUGAAUCUGGACACUGUCUCCCUGACCACGAUGCAGCAGCGCAUCGAAGCUGUCUACCCGUUUUGUCGCCAAAUCGCAACGAUGGCUGUGGGCGUUGCAGAGACGCAGCGGCAGAUGCUUUUGAAGCACCCCACGGCCGAGCCGCUUGCCUUCUCGUGCAAUGCCAUUGUUCACAUGUUGUCCUUCCUGCUUGUUCUUGAGCACAUGCUGUACCAUGGGACCUGGCAGGCGGAGCUUGACAGCGGCGGCUGCGCCGCUGCGAGAGUAAAGAAGAAGAUUCAGGCAAUGAAGGCGGAUUACGUCACGAGUCUCUCGACUCCGGUGUGUAAGGACGAACAGGGAGGCGAUGUGACUGCGCUUGUGCUCAUUCGUCGUUUAUUCUCGUGCGGGGGAUUAUGUGACCAAUCACCUCCCCUCUUGGACCGCAGCAGCAUCCUUGAGAUCACUACAAACCUUCCCUUUUCCGUCUCACUCGUGGUGAGUCAAGGGCCGAUCAAUGAACUGUUCUGCGAGCAGGCCGCUGCGGCUGUAGUUGGCGUCGAUGCUUGA